UAAAUUGACGGUGGAGGGCAGCAUUUCGCUUCCCAGCAUACAUCCAGCUGGAAUUUCAAUAGAAGAAUAAGAAGGACAUUUUCCCCGGGUUGUUAACAUUCUAGCUGUAUGUAAGACUGGCCAUAGCAUGGUUUCUUUUCUAGUUUGCAAAGAAACAUCUUAACUUAACUCGGGUUGGAUAUCUGAAGGAGACGUUAGACGCUGCCCAACACGGAGGAUGAAGGUAAAGAUCCGACAGUGGAACGGAGUGGCCUCUUGGUUAUGGGUGGCUAAUGAUGAAAACUGUGGGAUCUGCAGGAUGCCCUUCAAUGGCUGCUGCCCAGACUGUAAAGUGCCUGGGGAUGACUGCCCGCUGGUCUGGGGUCAGUGCUCCCACUGUUUCCACAUGCACUGCAUCUUGAAAUGGCUGAACUCUCAGCAGGUCCAGCAGCAGUGCCCCAUGUGCCGACAGGAGUGGAAGUUCAAAGAAUGAACCUGUGGUGCCUGCAGAGCCUCAGAGAGAGAAAGAGACAAUUACAUUUUUAUAUCAUCUGUACAUAACUAUGUUUUUGUAUUUUUCCAUGUGAUGUAAUGCAAAGGACAUUUGGAACCUAUUGUAUGCUGUUGACAGAUUUAGUAUGUGAUUUAAAAUAAAUAAACCCUACAUCACAA